AGAAAUACAAAUAUAUAUGAGCUAAUUUUUUGUUCUUUUUCUCUGUGUGUGUGUGUGUGUGCGCGUGUGUGUGUGUGUCAAGUGCAACAUGCAGCAUGGCAAGCGUGCAACAACUACAACCAGCCAGCAAAAGUCUCUAAAGUGCAACACACAAUAAAAUAGGCCCAGCCACAACAGACAACUAACAACUGAAAAUACCACAAAACAAAUACCAAAAAAAAACAAAGCUAAACCGAAUCGCACAAUUCUCAAAUAGGCAUUUUGGCAACUGGCAAACUGGCAAAAAUGGCGCUGUCCAAGCGGCCCUUAAGCAAGGAGACGCCCUUGGUCGAGAGCAGCAGCAACAGCAACAACAGCAACAACAGCAGCAACAGCAACAACAGCAACAUCAGCAGCAACAGCAAUGAGCAUGAGACGUCGAUAAAGCGACGCAAACGCUGCAGUCGCGAUGAUGAAUUGGCUGUCAGCAACAACAACAACAACAACAACAACACAACCAGCAACAACAACACAUUGCCACAGAAGAAGCGACAGUUGGCCAAAACAGCAAGCGGCGAGAACAGCAAUCCAACGGCAGCAACAGCAGCUGCCGCAACAGCAACACCCAAAACAGCAGCAACUGUUGCCGCCGUACAAGAUGCUGCCGAUCAGGAUGACGAGGCACUGAUACGGGAGACUCAGGCGGCGCUCAAGAGUCUCUCGGGCAGCUGGCCAGAUGCGCGCACCAAUCUGUAUCGCCUGCAGGAGCAGGAGGACGAGAAUCCGCCGCCCUUUCAGAAUCUGUUCGAGGAGAAGCAAAAGUAUGCGAACAGCAACAGCAACAGCAGCAGCAACAACAGUAACAGCAACAGCAAUUCGCACACAUUGCUGCUGCGCUUUCACAGGCAAAAGGAGAACGAUCAGGCGCGCCUCAAUGCCAGCAACAACAACAUCAGCAACAUCAACAACAACAACAACAACAACAGCAAUGGCAUUGGCAGUGGCAAUGGCAAUGGCAGCAACAGCAGCAGCAACAGCAGCAACAAAAAGGACGACAACAACUCCGGCUACACACAAGCAACAUCCGCCUUCAAGCCGCCCAUCGACAUCAUCAAGCGCAACGGCCAAUUGGCCGCUGCUGCUGCUGCCCACGCCCACGCCCAGGCCCAGGCGCACGCCCACGCCCAGGCGCAGGCCUACGCCCAUGCACAGUAUACGAGCAGCGCCUACAAUGCCGCCGAGGCCUACUAUGGCUAUGCAGCAGCAGCAGCUGCCAGCCAGCAGCAACAGCAGCAACAGCAACAGCAGCAGCAGCAGCAGCACGGCCUCUGCGUCGAUCAGAGUCGCAGCUACGAGAUGGCGCCGCAGCUGGGCUCGCCCAACGAGCCGCGGCUGGCCAAGGCAGGGGGUAAGGAGCCGCUGAUGGAUGCCAAACAGUAUACGAUAUUGCAGCCGGCGGGCGUCGGCAGUCGAGCGGCCUCGGUGAUGCAGGAUAUUGCACGUGAGGGAGUUAUUGGUGUAACGGCAGCUGCAACAGCUGCGCCCACAGCAACAGCCACGCCCCUAGCAGCAGUUACGCCCACAGCAGCAGCAGCAGCCGCUGCAUCCACGCCAGCGCCCAGCUACUCGCCGGGCAGCCAAAAUCGCGUGCUGGCGCUGCACGAACAGAUAUUGAAAUGCCCCACGCCUGGCUGUAACGGACGGGGACACGUUCAGCCGCAUCGGAGCGUGCAUCGCAGCCUGUCCGGCUGUCCGCGAGCUAUACGGCGCUUGGCGGCUCGUCGAUCGGUGGUCGGGCGCUAUCAGUCGAUGUGCGUGAGCGUGAGCGAUAGCCCGAUAGCGAUAGCGUUGCCAUUGCCAUUGGCAUUGCCCCUAGCGGCAGGCGGAGUCGAUAGUGAUAGCGAAAGCGAUCACGAUCACGAUCACGAUAACGAUAACGAUAACCAUAACGAAAACACGACAGCUGGCGAACUGGAGAAGCAUGAGAAGGAGCUGCAUGCGCUGGACAAGCUCAAGAUCAGCUCUAGCCAUUAUUUGAACAACAACAACAGCAGCUGCAUCAACAACAACAAUACGAAUAGCAACAACAACAACAACGGCAGCAACAACAAAACGAUGCCCAUUAUCAAAACGGAAUACAGUCCGGUGGCCAGCAUUAAGUCGGAAUAUAACAAAAGUCCCAUGCACUCGUAUUUGGCCAAUGAUGCCGUUGCAGCGGCCAGCAGCGCAAUACCCGCUGGCAGUGCGCGCAGCAGCAACAGCAACAGCAACAACAGCAACAAUAACAACAACAACAACAGCAGCAACAACAACAACAAUAGCAACACCGAAGCGCAUCUGAGUCGCUAUGUUAGCAUGCAAAGUCCACACGCCCAACAUCAUCAGCAGCAGCAGCAGCAACAACAGCAGCAGCAACACACGCUGCAUCAACAACGCGGACCCUUCAUCGAGGGCAAUGCCACACAGAUGAUGCCCGCGGGCAAUGCCAGCGCCGGCGACGCCAACGAUCCAGCCAGCUAUCACUCAGAGCACCAGCAGCAGCAACAGCAACAGCAGCAGCAGCAGGCGGACGAGCGUCAGCAGCAAUAUGAGCAGAUGCGCUAUGCGCAAAGCCAUGGCCAUGAUCCGAGCGCGGAGCAGCAACAGUUGCUCGCCAGCAAUCCCAGCAGCAGCGAGCUGUCGCCGGUGACGGCGCGCAGUGCCUAUGAGCAUACGCACCCACAUCCGCACUCGCAUCCGCAUCCGCACUCACAUCCGCACACACAUCCGCACACACAUCCGCCGGGCACAGUGGCGCCCGUGUUCGUCGGCCUCGGCGUCGGCGAUUCGGUCAGCGGCGGCGGCGGCGGCGGCAGCGCAGCGGGCUUCGAGCGCUACGAUCCGAAUUGCUGCCCCAGCGGGGGACAGCGACUGCAGCCGGGCGCCACAGCGGCCACAGCGCCGGCCAACAUGUACCACUAUCUGCCACAGGCGGCCGACGACCUGCAGGCGCAGCAGCAGAAGUACUUGCAGGAGCAGCAGCUGCUGAUGGCCAAGGCCGAGCACGAGGAGCUGGCCAAUGGGGGCGGGCCGAUCUAUCCGCGGCCCAUGUACCACUACGAUCCGACGAUGGGGCCGCUGCCGCCGGGCUUCUCGGCCAUUAACUUGUCGGUGAAGAUGGCUGCAGCGCAGGCGGCGGCAGCAGCCGCUGCCUAUCAGAAUCAACAGCAGCAGCAGCAGCAGCAACAACAGCAGCAACAGCAGCAACAGCAACAGCAGCAGCAGCAGCAACAGCAACAACAGCAACAACAGCAGCAGCAGCAACAUCUCCAGCAGCAACAGCAGCAGCACAGCAAACAGAGCAGUUCGCCGACGCCAAAUGUGGGCGUGGCAGCGCCAGCUGUUGACCUAUCGGGCGCCACAUCGGUCACAUCGUCCAGCCCGCACGGUUUCAACUCGCCAGCCUCGCACAACCAAUACAACCAGCGCAUGGGCAACGGCAGCCCACAGCCGGGAGCCAGCCCCAACAUUGCCAGCCCCCAAGUGCCGAGUCCGCAGGGCCAGACGCUCGAUCUGAGCGUGACGCGUUUGCCGCACAGCAUCAUCACGAGCCCGCAGUACGGCGCCGACGGCCUUGUUGUGGGCCACGGUCAGGGCUUUGGCAGCGCUGCGCCCGGUUCAAUCGGACCGAACGGACCGCCGCGCUCACCACAAAUGGAGCCCGUGGACUUUAGCGGACCGCCGCGUCCGCUUGGCUUUGGCCUGGUGGGUCACAUCAGCGGGCCGCGUCCAUAUAGCCGCGAAUCGACGCCCGAUAGCGGCGGCUCACACUAUAUCGAAACGUAUAGAGAUCCGAGCGGCUAUUCACCACAUCCUGGCUAUGGCAUGGUAGUACAAUCCGACUACCCACCAGCUGGCUACCACGGCUAUGGCCCCGCCGCCUAUCAAUGCAGCAAUCCGUAUGCGACGGCCGUGGGACCCGGCGGCUACCCGACGCCCGUUUCCGGCGGCUACUCACCCAGUCCGGCCACCUGCUACUCGAUGCCACCGCCGCAGCACAUACCGCAGCACGACAAGACCAAAGAUGGCUUAACGGGCUGCUCGCGCUCGGAUCGCAAUCAUUUGCAAUCGCAUUCACAGGAGCUAAAGUGCCCGACGCCUGGCUGCGAUGGCUCUGGCCACGUCACUGGCAACUAUUCAUCGCACCGCAGUCUGUCCGGCUGUCCGCGCGCCAACAAGCCGAAGAGCAAGCCGCGCGAUGGCCAAGACUCGGAGCCCUUGCGCUGCCCCAUACCCGGCUGCGAUGGCUCCGGCCAUUCCACCGGCAAAUUCCUCUCACAUCGAAGCGCAUCGGGCUGUCCCAUUGCCAAUCGCAACAAGAUGCGCGUUCUGGAGGCCGGCGGCACGGUGGAGCAACACAAAGCCGCAGUUGCAGCUGCUACGGCCAUGAAAUUUGACGCCUGCACCACAGUUGGCAGCCAAGGCAUCAAGAAGCCCAAGUUCGAUGAGGUUACCAUGGUAUAUCCCAAAGGCUACACAGGCGGCAGCGGCUUGGAUAUUGUUAUGAGCGGCGUUGGCGUCGGUGUCGGCGUCGGCGUCGGCGUUCCUUUGCCGCCUGGCAUCAAUAGCAACAACAGCAGCAGCAACAACAAUAACAACAACAACAGCAACAACAACAACAGCAGCAACAGCAGCAGCGGCGUCGGCGAUAAGACGUCCGUCAAUGUGGCCGGCGGCAGCGACGAUCUGAACACUCUGGAAGCGGAAAUAUCGGAAUUGCAGCGCGAAAACGCACGCGUCGAAUCCCAAAUGAUGCGCCUCAAGUCGGACAUCAACGCAAUGGAGUCGCAGCUGAGCACCAGCGAUCGGGAGGCUUCUCCAUUGAGUGCACAUCAGCAACAUCAACAACAGCAGCAGCAGCAGCAACAACAGCAACAACAACAACAACAGCGACCCACAGCUUCAUCGCUGGCCUCACCCAGCGGCCAGUCACCGUUCGCCGGCGUCUCAUCCACCACCAGCGGCAGCGGCAUUGAUCUACUGCCCAGCGGCAUGUCGCACGUCUCCGCCGACAACGGCGGCGUCGGCGGCGGUCCGCCCAAUGCCAAUCUGAACAACUACUACGAAAGUUUGCGCAACAAUGUCAUCACAUUGCUGGAGCAUGUGCGUCUGCCACCACCGCCGCCGCCGCCGUCGUCGUCGACGCUGCCACCAGGCGCGGCGCCAGGCUCCGGCAUGGACAAUGGCUGUGCCGCCGCCAUUGGCGUGCAGCUGAGCGCCGAGCAUCAUCACACGUCAGCCGCGGCUGCAGCUGCAUAUUCGACGCUGCUGCCGCCACCGCCGCCGCCGCCACUGCCGCUGCCGCCAACAUCGGCGUCGUCGGCAUCAGCGAGCAGCGCUGCAGCGGGCACGCCCAUGUAUGGACAUCAGGGAGGCGGCUCAGCCGUUGCACCGCCGCCACCGCCGCCGCCACCGCACCAUGCCUAUACGGUGCAUCAUCCUGGCGGCUAUCCGCACGGACAUCCGCAUGCGCAUCCGCAUCCGCACGAGCACUUCGACUCGUACAUCUCGAAGCUGCAGUCGCUAUGCGUACCGCCCGACGUCUACGCUCUGCCCGAUGAUGGCGGACGGCCCGUCUACAACUCCGUAAAGCCGAGCAUGCACCAGGACUACGGCAAGCUGAUGCCCACGCCCAUUUAAGGCGUGUUCGGGUUGCGUCCGUGUGUACAUAAUACCAUAAGUAAAUUGCACUGAUCAUGAAUCAUUGUGAUUCAUAAUGCUUCAAUCUACAUAGUAAAUGAGUUUUUCAGUUUGGAUCAUGGUUGGUGAGUCAUGAAUCAUUUGGCAAAUAUGGGUUAUGAAUCAAUUUUGUUCAUCAAAUUACUUCCUGGUUAAGUUUAGCUGAGGGAAUGCACCAUUUAAUCAAUAAUGAAUCGAUUGAGUUAUGCAUUUCUUACACAAUUUUUGCAUUGGAAUCAUCUGCUUCAGAAGCUAUCAGUCUUGAAUGAUGUACUUGGAAUCAUCCAAAUCAUUGUGAAUUGUUAAUCAAAAUUAAUAUAAUGCAACUUGAGUGCAAUGAAUCAUUACGCAUGAAUCAUGAGAAGUGAAUCAAUAAUCAUGAAUUACAAGCUAUGAGCCAUGAGCUACGAAUUAGGAGCUAUAAACUAGGAGUUAUGAGUCACGCGUUGCAUGAUUCAUGAUUCAUGAAGUGUGAUUCGUGAAUCGUAGCUUGGAGUCCCUGACUUGCAAAAGAAAUUAACUCAGACUCAUGCAAAACAUCAGCAAUGUUUGACUGAUGUAUCACGAAUCAAAGGCUAUGAAUCAUAAAAUUCGAUACUGCCUCCUGAAAAUCUAUAAUUUUUGUUUGUUGUAAUUUAUGAUGCAAUUGUUCACUUGAAUCUUUACUAACAUACACAAAUCAUGAUUAUAUUCAAUCGAAUCCAAUGAUUUCUGAUUGAAUCUGUGUAAGCCGAUAAGAUAAGAUACAUUAUAGAUAUAGGUAACGUAUAGAGAUGUUGAGAGACGUUAAGUAUAGCGUAGAUUGAGCUGUUCCACGUUUAUGUCCUAGGCGCUUCAUCGUGUUGAUAAAUUGUAUAAAUAUGCUAGCAAAACUAAAAUCUAAACUAAAACUGAAACAAAACUAAAUCUAAAUAUAAAUGUGUUGUAUUUUUUUUUUAUUAGUAACCGUAUCUGUAUCUGUAUCAAAUACUAACUAGCAGUUAAAUAUAGUAGAAGUACAUUGGUUUUUUUUUUUUUUUUUUUUGUGGUGUUUAAUGUCUGGUCAAUUUUGUAUUGCAAGAAAAGCAUGAAGAAGAAAAUGAAAUAAAGAGUAAAAAAAUAAAUAAAAA